GGGAGAAACUUAUGAGUGUAAUGAAUGUGAGGAAACUAUUGCCCGUAAUUCAGUGCUUAGAGCACAUCAGAAAAUUCACACAGGGGAGAAACCCUAUGAAUGUAAUGAAUGUGGGAAAGCUUUCACUGAGAAAGUGCAUCAGAGAAUUCACACAGGUGUAAAAUCCUAUGGAUGUGAUGAAUGUGGGAAAACUUUCUCCCGGAAGUCAAACCUUAGUGUACACCAGAGGACUCACACAGGGGAGAAACCCUAUGAAUGUAAUGAAUGUGGGAAAACUUUCUCCCGGAAGUCAGAAGUUAAGGCACACCAGAGGACUCACACAGGGGAGAAACCCUAUGAAUGUCAUAUAUGUGGGAAAACAUUUGCCUUUAACUCAAACCUUAGAGUGCACCAGAGGACUCACACAGGGGAGAAACCCUAUGAAUGUAAUGAAUGUGGGAAAACUUUCUCCCACAAGUCACAACUUAGUGAACACCAGAGGACUCACACAGGGCAGAAACCCUAUGAAUGUAAUGAAUGUGGGAAAACUUUCUCCCAUAAGUCACACCUCAAUGCACACCAGAGGAUUCACACAGGGGAGAAACCCUAUGGAUGUAAUGAAUGUGAGAAAACUUUCUCCCGGAAAUCACACCUCAGUGCACACCAGAGGACUCACACAGGGCAGAAACCCUAUGAAUGUAAUGAAUGUGGGAAAACUUUCUCCCAUAAGUCACACCUCAAUGCACACCAGAGGAUUCACACAGGGGAGAAACCCUAUGGAUGUAAUGAAUGUGAGAAAACUUUCUCCCGGAAGUCACACCUCAGUGCACACCAGAGGACUCACACAGGGCAGAAACCCUAUGAAUGUAAUGAAUGUAGCAAAACUUUCUCCCAUAAGUCACACCUCAAUGCACACCAGAGGACUCACACAGGGGAGAAACCCUAUGAAUGUAAUGUAUGUGGGAAAACUAUCUCCCGGAAGUCAGAAGUUAGGGCACACCAGAGGACUCACACAGGGGAGAAGCCCUAUGAAUGUAAUGAAUGUGGGAAUACUAUCUCCCGGAAGUCAGAAGUUAGGGCACACCAGAGGACUCACACAGGGGAGAAACCCUAUGAAU